AUGUCCUGUUGCAAAUGUAAACGCUCAGGUCGUUGUAGAAACUGUUCCUGCGUGAAAAACGGUACUACUUGUCAGAACUGUGCUCCUCAUCGAUCUGGUCAAUGUGAUAAUAGAGUACGCCAACCACAGCAUGUGUCAUCGGAUCCUGGCAACUCCGCCUCCAUAACCAUAAGCAGUCAGCAAACAAAUGUCAAACAUGAAACCACAACCAACAGCGAAAGUGGAACAACUUCACAAGAUGAUACUUCUUCGCGGAAUUUGCUAACUGUAACGAAUUCAUUCCCUGACCUACAACCACCAAACUUUACAUGGAACUCUGGUAGUGGUGAGAUAUUUUGCCGGAAAAUAAACACGGCCUACGAGGAAGUUGUCCAUCGGAGACGAAACAUUUUUCAAGUACCUUCAGGAAACGCUGGAAAAUCAUUUGUCUCUGAGCUUGCCCGUUUAUAUCAAGCUUACGCGGACAGUUCAAGUCUAGAAUGCAUCGCUAUGAAAGCAACCACCGUAUUUCCGAUCCUAGUACUCCAAAAACCAAGCCGAACAAGCAAAAGUAAAGAUCAUGUGAAACAUCUGCAAAGACGAAUAAAAUUAUGGCUUGACGGCGACAUAGAAGCACUCCUUGACGAAGGUGAAUGUAUUCAAAAGCGACUCAGCAAAUUGACCACUCCUCAAAGCAAUGAUGUCAUCGCCCGAAUGUUUAGAAGCCUCACGUUACAGGGGAAAGUCCAGAGUGCACUGAGAUAUAUCUCAAGAAAUAGCAAUGGCGGAGUUCUCAAAUUAGAUGACCUCAUUCCCGUAACGACAAAACAGGGCGAGUCAAUCGAACAAACGACAAGAGAAAUCCUGAAAAAGAAGCACCCUAUAGGCAAAGAUCCAGUUACUUCCUCUCUUAUUGACGGCGAACCAGAGACAGUUAACCCUAUCACAUUCGAUGGCCUAGACGCAGAUGCUAUACGACGUGCUGCUCUACACACUCAUGGCGCAGCUGGCCCUUCCGGUUUGGAUGCAUACGCGUGGAGAAGACUCUGCUCGUCAUUCAAGUCUGCCUCGAACAGUCUGUGCAUCGCACUGGCUGAUAUUGGUCGUCGCAUUGCUACUACAAAUGUCAAUCCAGAAGGACUGAGUGCAUUUGUCGCAUGCCGUUUAAUCCCGCUUGACAAGUGCCCAGGCGUAAGACCAAUUGGAGUCGGCGAGGUUCCACGAAGAAUUAUUGCGAAAGCCAUUCUAAGAGUCAUUGGCAGUGAUGUAGUAGACGCAGCUGGUCCAUUUCAACUCUGUGCAGGUCAAGAUGGUGGUUGUGAAGCAGCGGUACAUGCCAUGCAAAGCAUUUUCCAAACACCCGACAUCGAAGCGGUACUUCUGGUUGAUGCAAACAACGCGUUCAACUCACUUAACCAUCAAGCAGCCCUCCAUAACAUCAGCAUAAUCUGUCCAUCAUUGGCGACCACCCUGACCAACACCUACAGAACCCCUGUCAGAAUGUAUGUAACAGGAGACGGCGAAAUUGCAUCAACUGAAGGAACAACCCAAGGAGAUCCGUUAGCAAUGGCGAUGUAUGCACUCGCGAUAAAGCCACUGAUUGAUAAGCUGAAAGCUGGUUGUCCUGAUGUAAACCAAGCAUGGUAUGCUGAUGAUGCCACAGGAGCGUCUACCUGCACAGGACUCAGAAAGUGGUGGGAUGAACUGACUGAUCACGGUCCCUCGUUUGGAUAUUACCCUAAUGAUUCCAAGACGUACCUUGUGGUGAAGCCAGAAUUUGAGAACGUGGCCAAAGACGCAUUCGUGGGCACAGAUGCAUACCGACCCAAGGGAAACGACAUCUUGGGGCUGCUAUUGGUUCUAAAACUUUCACUGAGGAAUAUGUUGGCAACAAGGUACAUGAAUGGACCAAUGACAUCAUGAACCUGGCUCGUAUUGCUUCUUCUCAACCACACGCAGCGUACGCAGCAUACAUACACGGCUUAUCCAACCGCUGGUCUUAUCUCUUAAGAACAGUUCGAGAUAUCGAAGACCUAAUACAACCACUUGAAGACGCAAUACACAUGCAUCUCAUCCCAGCACUAACCGGACGACCGCCGUGUUCUUCCAUUGAAAGAGAUCUUCUCUCACUUCCUGUUCGUCUUGGAGGACUUGGGCUUCGUGAUCCAUCAACAAUGGCCUCGGCUUGUUUUCAAUCCUCACAGCGCAUUACUGCAUCACUCGUUGCACUGAUAAUCUGCCAAGACGAAAAUGAAACGGUUGAUUGUAACAACGUUCGUAUGGUCAAAAGCGAGAUCAAGAGAGAAAACCGCCAGAGACAGGACGAACACGCUGAAAUAACAUACAACCAGCUGACACCUGAAAUGAAGCGUUGUGUGGAACUUUCUCGAGAGAAAGGGUCUUCGUCGUGGUUAUCUGUUCUCCCGCUUGAGGAACACGGGUUCUACUUACACAAGGGAGAAUUCAGAGACGCACUGUGUCUAUGGUAUGGAUGGAAAGUGAACAACACGCCUCAAACAUGCAACUGCGGUGCUCAAUUCACCGUAAAUCACGCCAUGAUCUGCCACAUGGGAGGUUUUCCAACUAUCCGCCACAACGAGAUUCGUGAUUUAACAGCGUCACUCCUCGCUGAAGUGUGUAGCAAUGUUGCCACAGAGCCAGCACUUCAACCGCUGAGUGGAGAGAGCAUGUCAGCUCGCACAGCCAACACCGAUGACAGUGCCCGAGUUGAUAUUCGGGCAAGAGGUUUUUGGAAUGGUCAGCAGGAUGCAUUUUUUGAUGUAAGGGUGUUCUAUCCCAACGCGUCCUCCUACCGCUCGCAGAACCUCGCAUCCGUUUACAGAAGACAUGAACAGGCCAAGAAACGAGAAUACGGAGAGAGAAUUAGGAAUGUCGAACGUGGUGUUUUCAUGCCUUUAGUUCUAUCAACGACCGGCAGCAUGGGAAGAGAGGCUGAAACGUUUUAUAAAUGUCUUGCGGAUAUGAUAUCCAAUAAGAGACAACAAAAAUAUUCCGCGACCAUAGGUUGGCUACGAUGUAGAAUGUCGUUUGCAUCGUUACGAUCUUCAAUAAUGUGCAUUCGUGGAAGUAGAUCCUCGAUACAUCGGCCCAUAUUCGGGGAUUCCAACAUCUCCCUGGCAACUUCCAAGGCACGGAUCCCUCGGCCUCGUGAAUAACUUGAUUGAGGACUUACCUAUGGGACUUACGAACUGACAUUAAUAAAACAGUUAAUAAAUAUAUUUUUAAAAAUAAUAAUAAUGUAUAACGCAUGCUUGAAAUGUUACAUAUUAAUAAAUCUAUUGUUAUGUAAAAAAAAAAAAAAGAAAAAAAAAGGUUACUACUUUUAUUGCUCAAAAAAAAUCAAGACAAGAAUAUAAUCCAUGCAUUGGAAAUUUAAUCGACAAAGUCCAUGUCGAACCAUUACAUCUAAAAAACAAUGCAUGUGCACUCAUGUUUCAAUAUAUCUUAGAUUUCACCAUUGCCAAGUCUAGGUUAGGCCCUAGUGUUAAUGAUUUUUCUUCAGUUGAUUCACAGUCUCCUUUUGCUGCACUAAUAUCGAACAUGCGGUCUGUCAGUAACCUUUCACGCUUGGCAAAAAAAGUUAUAAAGUGGUUCAAUGACACAAAAGCAAGUGCAAAUUCUUUCGAUUAACGAUUUACUGGGCAUGAAUCACAAUGAUUUCUGCAUAAUUUCAUGUAUUUACAUUCGGCAAUUCAGCAUAAAAAUGAUGAAGCACCAGCCAGGCUCAAGCUACAUGGAUUGGCAUUUACCAUAUUAUCCCUACGAGAUGCAGUGUCCCUGCAUGUUCAACCGGUUUAAUGUGGAAGAAAAACAACUAGACCAACUUGAUAAAGUUUGUAAUGAUUUCUAUUCUUGCUGUGCACUGUUUCUUGAGGUCAAUCCUAUGGUGUGGACCCUUGGAUGAGUGGUUCCAGUUCAUGCAAGUGAUUCCAGUUCAAGCGAUGAAUACUGCUAUUGUGGUCUCCUGUUCACAGAAGGAGUGUGCAAAUACUGCAACCAUGCAAACAGAGCGGAACUUUUAAAGAGUAUCAAAUCGAAAAAGGCUAGCAUGGAACUCAAGCAAAAAUUAAACAAAGCUUUUCAAACUGGUUCUUUAAACAUUUUAGUUAAAUUUACAUAAUUUUACUAACUUUCAACAUUAUGCUACAGUUUACGCUUUAGGCCAAUGCUGGUUAUUGUUAAUACCAUGGUCUUGUUAGUAGAACACGAAAAUUCAUAAUUAUACUUCCUAACAUUUCUUAUUAUUCAAAAGAAUGCUUGUGUUAAAUCACAGUUAAUAAAAUGCAUGGUUUGGAGACUCAGCGAAAACACAGUAGCGAAAACGCAGUACAGCUCAUUAUCUAUGUUGGUGUAGGUUUAUGCAAAAUAUGGGUUCUAUCUCGUCAUGUGUGUAUUGUGUUUUCACGAAAUCAACCAAUAGUAAUGUGUAGAUUGACCAAUUGUUUCGGUCACGGAUGAACAGCCGAGCCGAACAUUCAGCUGUUAGUUGUUUACGAUAAAAUACAAUACAUAUGUGACGAGAAAGGAACAACUUUUUGCAUAAAUGUGGACAAUAACAUAGAUGAUGAGUUGUAUUGUGCUGUAAGUGAGCUUCCAAACCAUGCAUAUUUUAUUAACAAUGGUUAAAUUGAUUGUCAAUUUCUCUCUGUUAUUUUCAUAAAAGUGUGAAUAACCCAAAAUAUGAUAUUUUGUUAUUUGUAAUAUUUGGGUCAUUUGAAGAAAUGUGAUAUAUCCUAAUAAUAAAAAAUUUCAUUUUGAUCAACUUUUUCAUUGUCAAAGCUUCCAGAUGUGAUGUCAUUAGAUGAAUUGCAAAUUACUUUUUCUUUGUUUUUUGUACCAAAAAUUCAGCUAAUGACAUCAUAUCCGGGGACUUUGACAGUGAAGAAGUUGAUCAAGACGAGGUUUUUUACUAUAAACAUACAUAACAUUUCUUCUCAGAAUGACCCAAAUAUUACACAUACCAAAAAUUAUAUUUGGCGUUAGUCGCACUUUACUCAAUUAUAAAAAUACAAACUUUGAUGCAGUUAAGCACCUAUCAAUGGGUCAUUGCAAAAAAUAUCCACAUACCUCGAAGAAGUAAAUUUGUCUGUAAAUAUCCAGUUCUCCUUAUUACAUUUACUAGAAAAAUACCGCAAAGUAUUAUCAAAGUAGUUGUAUUCAGUAAAUGCAAUAAGUGGAACUUGCUAUUUGGCACUUGAGCGGCACUGGAUGUUUUAGCUAUCUGGGACGAAAGUUCUACGUAAACAUCACACGACACAUCUGACAAUGCUUUUUGACUGCAGUACUUUCUCACCAGUCACUAAAGCCUAGUUCUCAUUCAUCGCAAACUGUCACCGACGAUCGGCGACGCUUAUCGCCGAUGCUCGCCCACUGCGAAUGCACGAAAGUUCUCGUACAUCGGUGAUUGUCGCAGAUGACAACCGAUGUGUUUCGAAAUUUCCCACCAAGGCACAAAAUGGCCCCAUUCAAUGUAAAGAUCAUGAUUUCUGUCAAACUUCAGUUGAUUAUUUCCUUGCUUGUUGAGGAAGACACAACCUUUACUCAUUUCUCAUAGAUUUUUCAAGCAGGUGGCAGUCGGCGAUGGUUGCAAGAAACAAACUUUUUUGUUUCCUGCGAUGUCAUUGCCGAUGGUCGGCGACGAUCACGGACAAUCGGCGAUAUAAUUUUUGAUGUGUUCUCAUAAAUCGCAAGCGGUCGCCGACGUCGCAAAGCUCCCAUCGCCGACGGUUUGCGAUGAAUGAGAACUAGGCUCAAGAAACAAAGGCGCUGAAUUUGCUGAUUAUAUUUACGAAUCUGAGGUUGAUAUUGCUGUUCUUACUGAAACAUGGCUGAAGUCUGUCAGCGUGGCAGCUAGGAUUGAUGCUACACCUACUGGUUAUUCUCUUUUGAACUGCCCACGCCCUAACAGAAUCGACGGAGGGACUGCUAUUUUAUUGUGUGAUACACUUCAGGUAAAAAAGCGGAUGACAGGUAUUAUGAAUUUGUUUGAAUACUCUGAUUGGACUAUUGUCUCUGGCUCAUUUAGGAUGCGGCUGGUUGUAAUUUAUAGGCCCCCGUAUUCAGCUAAACAUCCUGUAACCACAAGCACAUUUAUUUCGGAAUUUGCAGAGGUUUUGGAGUCUCUUGUCAUGGCAACUGAGCCUCUAUUGAUAGCUGGUGACUUUAAUAUCCACUUUAAGGUGGUUCGGAGGUUCGGAGGUGGUGUGAGGUUCCUGGACCUUCUUCAAUCGAUGGGUUUGGUGCAACACGUAAAUUUUCCUACUCAUGUAUCUGGUAACACGCUGGACCUACUUAUCAUUCGUGAAGUUAAUUCCAUAUUGUGUCAUCCACCCAGACCAAGUUGCUGUCUUUCAGAUCAUUGCUCCGUUAUAUUUGACCUAAAUGUAUCAAAGCCGCAGUUUUUAAGAAAGGAAGUAUCAUUCCGGAAAAUGAAAGCUAUGGAUAUACCAUCAUUUAUUCGAGAUCUUUCUAAUUCUGUAUUGUGUCAAGACCCCCCAAUGGAAAUUGAUACCUUUGGUCAGUUCUUACAACACCACACUAUCUGCCCUUUUGGACCGUUAUGCCCCAGUAAAGACCAAAAUAGUCACUGUUAGACCCAAGGUACCGUGGUACACCGAAGAAAUUCGUAAAGCUAAGAUAGAAUGUAGACGUGCCGAACGAAAAUGGAGAUCUUCUGCAGCUGAUUCUUAUUUCAGGCUGUUUAAGAAACGAAGAAAUCGUGUCACAUAUUUGCUGAAAAUGGCCAAGUCAUCUUUUCUCACUGCCUUUAUUGACAAAAAUAGUGACAACCAGGGCAAGCUUUUCAAAGCUGUUAAAAACCUAUUAGUUGAGAAAGAGAAGUUAUCGUUUCCUGGUUAUAGUGACGAAACAGUUUUGGCUAAUAUUGGAAUUUUUUUUGUUCAAAAAAUUUCUAGCAUCCGGGAUGAGUUGGACAAUGUUGUUCCACAAGAUUUUGCAACUGAAACAUGUAUUGUGGUACCCCCUCGUUUGGCUCCUUCGUUUCAUUAUCCGAGGACGAUGUCUGUGCACUAAUUACCAGCUCUAAAGUGACUUCGUGUUCCUUGGAUCCAAUACCAACAACCUUACUAUUGAAGUGUAUUGAUACAUUGUUGCCUGUAAUUACUAAAGUUAUCAAUGUGUCUUUGGAGUCUGGCUAUUUCCCUAGGGAUUGGAAAGAAGCUGUUGUUUUUCCAUUACUUAAGAAAUCUGGUUUGGAACUGGCGUUUAAGAACUUACGUCCGAUUAGUAAUUUAGCGUUUGUUUCAAAACUGAUAGAGCAUGCUGUUUUUAAUCAGACUCAUGAUCACUUGCAAUGGUCAGGACUUUAUCCUCUUUUCCAAUCGGCAUACCGUAAAUAUCAUAGCACCGAAACAGCCUUAUUAAAGAGUUACCAAUGACAUAUUAUUGAAUAUGUAUUCUCAGCGUGUCACAUUGUUAGUUCUGCUUGACUUAAGUUCAGCAUUUGACAUAGUUGACCAUGCGAUUUUGCUCAAGCGUUUGAAUACUGAUUUUGGUAUUCAUGGAACAGUUCUCGACUGGUAUAGAUCCUACUUGUCUGGGAGAAGUCAAAAUAUUUCUUUGACUGGUGUGAAAUCUGACAGCUUUGACCUGAAGUGUGGGGUGCCGCAGGGGUCAUGUUUAGGUCCUCUUCUCUUCAUAAUGUAUGCAUCAAAGUUGUUUGAGAUUGUUCGUACACACCUUCCGGAUGCUCAUGGCUUUGCUGAUGACACUCAGCUAUAUUUAUCAUUCAAGCCUAACAGCUCUAUGAAUCAAGCUGCAGCUGUGUGUGCUAUGGAAAAUUGCAUUGCUGAAUUAAGACAGUGGAUGCUACAGGAUAAGCUCAAGAGCAAAUGA